GGGUGUGCCGUCCCCGCGCACACACACAUGGAUGGAUAUGAAGGGAUAGGAGGCAGAGGCGGCGAUUGCGAAGAUGGUCGGGAGCAUGCAGGCGGCGGACCCAGCGGGUCGGAUAAGCGCACUGCUCGCGCUGCGCCAACUCCUCGCCAUGCUCCAGUCGCUGGCCCUGCUCCUACCCGUCCAGUGGCGCGCGUAGCGGGGGCGUUCGAUGCCGCGGCCUCCGUGCUGUGACUAGCGGGAAAAGGGGAAGGCAACGGCGUCAGUGGUUCUACGUGUGCUGGUCGGGUCGCUCAUGGUCGCCGCGCGAAGGGAGAUAGCCACACACCGGGCGCAGGAGGCUGGGCGAGAGUACGAGCUGAUCCCCAGGACAUGUGCCACAAUGUGGUUUAAAGGAAUGGUGAGAUGAAGGAAUGCUAUCCUUCAAGGUACGAUCAUGCAGCUAGACAUGAGACUGUCUUCUCCAUCAGAACCAACUAUUGCACUGUAAUUUGUAACCAAGUAGGAAUGCUUUUUAAGUCCAGUUCUCUGCAAACUCUGUAGGUCCAGUUCGUGCAUAUACUGUCCUGUUGGCUUAAUGCAGCUAUGAGUAUUCCACCAA